UUUCAGUCUGUUCAGGUGUUCCGUAUCGUUUAGUUCGAUUUUCAUCGGUUGCCUUUCUUCAUUGAUUAUAACGAAUAACGAACGCUCUAUGAAACGAAUGAUUUCGAGGAAAGAAACUCAUAAAUUGCGAUAGAAUUCGGCUCUCAUACCCUACAUAUCUUCGUCGCGAAAAGAUUAAAGGGAGUCUGAAGCUUUCCAAAUCUGAAAAGUUCUCGAACAUGACGACUCUUAUUAAUCAUCUCUAUACUCAGUAUCGUUAUAUUACUGAAUAUAAAGCAGACCCUAGAACAGAAGAUUUUUUAUUCGUAAAACCAUUAUGGGUUAUUGGCAUCAUAGGAAUUUAUCUCCACUUUGUUUACAAAAGCGGAUCUGCAUUCAUGAAAAAGAAGAAACCUUACAAGUUGAACAAAAUCCUGCAGCUAUAUAAUGUUAUGCAAAUCAUAUUAAAUGGCUAUCUACUCGUUCGUGUCAUCUUAUUAGGAUUGAUAUGGAAGUACAAAUUUGUUUGCGAGCCUGUUGAUUAUUCGAAUAAUCAAUUUGCCCUACAGGUCACAGCUAUAGUUUGGUUCUACUACAUGCUCAAGAUAUUUGAUCUUUUGGACACAAUUUUCUUUAUAUUACGGAAGAAGCAGAAUCAAAUAACGUUCCUACAUGUUUAUCAUCAUGCCGGGAUGAUAAUUGUUACAUGGGUAGGCAUAAGAUAUUUACCUGGCGGACAUGGCGUAUUUUUAGGCUUGAUAAAUACCUUCAUCCACGUAAUUAUGUACACUCAUUAUCUGUGGACAUCAUUGAACCUUGGCAAAGCAUGGUGGAAAAAAUACAUUACCCAAUUACAGAUAUUCCAAUUCAUUAUAAUAUUUUUACAAUUUUUGUGGGGUGUUUUGACCAAGGAUUGCGCUUAUCCGAAAGUUUUACUUUUGCUGUUCAUACCGCACAAUAUUUUAAUGAUCGUACUUUUCAUAGAAUUUUAUUACAAGUCGUAUAUACAGAAGAAAUCAUCCCAAAUCGAUAAAAACGGCCUCUUGACUAGGACAAAUCAAAGUGGCGUAGAACUGUCGAAUGGAAGACCAAAUAUAUCCGAAAAUUUGACAAAAUCAAAACUUUUGGCACGAUCAGUUGCUCUUCGCGAACCGAUCGAUCUAUCGUAUCGUAUCGUAGCUACGGACAAUCGACUCCGACGCACCAAGAUGACUGAUUACAAAGAAAUUUUUGAAAACAUUAAAGAUCCCAUGAUCGACACGUGGCCGUUAAUGGGUUCUCCAGGGCCGAUACUCUGCAUCGUUUUAGUAUAUUUGCUUUUUGUCAUCAAAAUUGGCCCGAAAAUAAUGGAAAAUCGUCCGGCCUUCGAACUCAAAGGCUUUUUAAUAGCGUAUAACGCGUUGUUAAUCGUCUUUAAUAUAUGGUUAACAUCCUUGGCUACAAAAAUCGAUCUCACAGCUUUGAUUCGUUCGAACGGAUGCAGACUGCAAACUCAUCAAUUGUCCAAAGACGAAUCUUUGGAAACGCCGGUCAAUGAACAUUCUCAAAUUUUAUCAACGGCAGCCUGGUGGUACUUCUUCGCUAAGAUUAUCGAGCUUAUAGAUACGGUAUUCUUCAUUUUGCGAAAGAAACAGAACCAACUGACUUUCCUUCACAUUUAUCAUCAUAGCGCCACAGCCUUGUUCGCAUGGUGUUAUCUCAAGCUACUUCCCGGUGAACAAGGUAUCGUCGUAGGGCUACUCAACUCUAUGGUUCACAUCGUUAUGUACUCGUAUUACUUGAUAUCCGCAUUGGGCCCAAAAUACAAAAAGUAUUUGUGGUGGAAGAAAUAUAUGACCUUGUUCCAACUGAUCCAAUUCGUUAUAAUGAUCGUUUAUCUCCUAUUAACGUUGGUAAUGGACUGCAGAAUGCCAAAAAUCUUAACUUACUGCUUCAUGACGCACGUGGUGAUCUUCAUGUACCUGUUCAGUAAUUUCUACAGGAAAGCCUACAUCAAGCAGAAACAAGUGUAAAAUAAUUCGCCAAGGAUAACGAUAGACGUAGAUAGAUAAAUAUACGCAUGUAUAUGUAUAAAUCUACUACGAUUUAAUAUUCAAGUUUCGUAAAAAGUUUUAUAAAAAGUUCCGUGUGGUAUAAAUUGGGAUCAAUGAUCCUGGGAUUAGAUUAUGAUCCUGAGGUAGGAACGGAAGAUAGGACUAUUCGCGGUCAACGAAUAAUUAGUUUUUUUUAGAUCGAUCGGUGAUAUGCUAAUUAAGAUAAAAGAAAAAGAAAGCGCAGAAAAGGUAUUUCUUUAUCUAUUAUCGCUAUUUACGAUCUCCGAGAUGUAGGUCGAUCAACAUAAGUUUACCUUCGCGACCCGAUAGCGAGACAAGAUUCGUGACGGCCUACAAACUUUUAUGGCCUGUGUUUUCGUGAAAACGAUAUCGACGAUGUAUAUUAAAUAAUAAUAUACAAACUAAGACAAUGUCGAAUUAAUGAAGAAAAAUAAAUAAAUAUAUUUCCUAUUAUUAAUUCUAAACGAUUAUCGAUUUGUUUUCUUCUAACAGUUUUAUCUUCGCUCGAAUCGAUCAACGCUUUAAUCAAGCUCUCUAAUGUUCGUUACACCUACACUGAUCACUAUGAGCUCUAAUAUCAAUAAAGAGUAUAACGUAUACAAAGAAAACCAAUACAGAAAACA